CCUGUCUGCUGCUUCAGUAUCAGUCUCGUCUCUCCGGUGAACAGACACACUCACUCACUCACUCCAGGGAGGUUGGAUUACAACAGUGAUCACUAAACUAUAUUGAUCUUGCAGGCAGAUACACUAGCACUCUCUCAUCGAGGAGAUACACACACUGUCCCAGGAUCAACAUGGGGAGUAGUAUGUCAUGCGUCCCCCAACACAACUUCAGGUUCUCCAGCAAGAGCUUCAUACGCAGGAACAGCAGCCGUUUGUUCCGGAAAAAGUACCCACAGGAGGGUCAGGAGAAGUCCAAUAGCAUCAUCAACAUUCUCUGCACCGUAACACCAAGAAAGGAAAUGUCACCGAAAGAUCUCCAGGCGAUUGAGAACAUCAAAUGGGACCCUCCGUUCCCCUAUGACCCAGUUAGUGGAUGGAAAAAGAGCAGCAUCAACGUAAAGAACUACGGCAGAAUGAUCCACAGCUCCAAAGUCCGCUUCCGCUUCCUGCACUGCCAGGAUGUGCAUGACUGCUAUCUGGACCUGUUCCAAACCCAUCUUCAUUUUGUCUCCAACAACACAACUGGACUCACAUACCAGGGAACACUUCCUCUCAAAGAGCUCACAAUUUGCAAGCUGCAGAACAGGAACAGCUUUGGUGAUCCGCAGGAAUUUGCAUUCCAGAUAAACGGGGUCAGCUUAAAUCCUAUCAUCGUGUACUGCUCGACAGAAGAGGAGAUGAACAACUGGUUUGGGCUUUUGAAAGAACAAAUCGAGGCCAAUGGUGGCAGUGCAAUCGUACCAGAGACAUACACAAGAAUUAAGGUGCAGUGCUCAGAAGAGACCAAAGUGGAAAAGGAGGAGUUGAGGAAUUCCAUCAGUAAAGAGCCCAUUUAUGAGUGGGAGGGCUUGCAACGAGAGAGUCUAGGGCCCAUCACUUACGCCACAAAAGUCAGGCUGCAACACAUGCCUUGUCAGGAGCAGUAUGACCGUCUGCUGGUGUUGUAUCCCAACUAUCUCAUAAUUCUGUCAGAAGAGAGUGAUGGCCUCUUUUACAAGGGCAAACUUCCUCUCAACAUGAUCACAGUUACAACUCCCUGCCAGGACAUCAUGCCCAACACAUUUAUGAUUGAGGGGAAGUUGAUAAACCCCAUCAUCGUGUCCUGUCUGGACAAGAGCUCUGUGUUGUGUGUGUUGGUACAGUUCAUUUCCAGCAGGCCUAACUCUUCAGACACACAGUACUCAGCUCACUUGGGCAGCAGGAGCAGCAGCUUCUCCUCUCGUGUCCGACCGGCCCCUGACCACCGUCCUGUUUCACUCCACUACUCCUCCCCUCCACAGACGUCCUAUCUCGCUUCAGAGGGGCCCAUGUCACCGGUUUACAACACACCGUACAGUUCGGUGCACUGCAAUGGCCCCGUUCAACGCAUCGAGAAGGCCCCGCUAGUCAAGUGUUUUCACUCCUUCCGGCUCUGCACUCCUCCUCUUGGGCGGAAAAUCAGACACGGCCAGGCCUUGGAGCCCGAGCUGGUCAGCAGUCAGUGGUCUGAAGAGCUACGUGCCCAGGCCGUUUCCAAACUGAAGUUACUGCCCACCCCAAACCGACAGCCAGAACACAAACUCCUCUCUCAGAGAGGUUUCUCAGGUCACACUGUCAUGGAGGCGCAGCAGAUAUCGUACAAUUACUCGCCAGAUGACUGUUACCUUCGGCCAGUGGAUCCAGAUGACCAGGAAAUGGACUAUGAUAACAUAUGGGAGUUUGACCCGGAUAAUGGGAUGAUUCAGCCCCUGCCUGGACCUUUACCACACCGGACACCGGUUUACUUUGGAGCUCAAGGCCUGGGCACUAUGACAACACAGCAGAGAUGGUCAUAAAAGAGAACAAUGGGCUUAUGCUCGUUCGGACUUGCAUACAUAGCAGACUAAUCAAAGCCACACAUGCACACUGGGCAUAUUUUCACGAGGGCCGGCAUGCCCGAGUAUCUGGAUAUUCACAGCUUAUUUAUUCAGUGGCUCUAUUACAUAUUUUGCACAUGUAAUACCCUUUAAUUUUGUGGUGAUGUUUUCAGACAGCUGUAUGUAUUCGGUACGAACAAGUGUAUUACAAUUAUUGAUGCAUUUAUGUAUAUAUGAAUAUAAGAAAAGUAGCAUUUGGGAGUUUUUGCAUUUAGUUUAGUUUGUGAGUCCAACAAACUAUUGGAAAUUGUUGAUUAUAUGCAUAUUUUUUUAAUACAUACCAAAUGUAAAUAUGUUAUUUUUUCUAUUUAAGUUU